UUAUGUACGAACUACGACCACGCAAAAGUCACUGGGUGGCGCAUUUAGAGAGGGUGAUGGUUUAUAUGAGAAAAGACUGUGCAUAGAGGGUGUACAUUUAUCUCUCGAGCUUGAGACCGGGACACAGGGUGCACUUUUAGAGGAUUGA